GUGACUGAAAUAAAAAAACUCAAAAAUUCAGUGACCAUUAGGAUCAAUUACCCUAGUAACUCUUUUCUUGAAACUAGCAAAAUUAUAUGACUUUCUUCCCUCCUGAUUAUUCUGCAUAAAGAAAGACUUUUGUGCCAUCUCUUGUGGCUCACAGAUUCUUGCCAGCCUGAGAUGUACUUUAAGUUUUUACCCGUUAAUUGUGCAAAGUAACCGUCUGUUCCCUACAGAUAUAAACAGUCUUAUGGAUAACGCCAACUAAAUAGUAUCGCAUCAACUUUGUCUAAAGAAAAGAAAAGAAUUGGUUCUGCUCCCCACUAAGUAAUACUAAUUAUCAUUUCAUGUCCCUUUCUGUUUCAGUAUGGCCAAAAUCUGGGUUGAAGUUUGCCUCAUUUCUGCUCGCGGCCUUCGCCGGACAUCCUCCCUUUGGAAGCUUCAGUGGUUUGCUGUUGGCUGGAUUGACCCCAACAACAAAUACUGCACCAACAUUCAUCCUUCUGGGAACUCCAAUCCUGUAUGGAAAACCAAGUUUGCUGCCUUGCUUGAUGAUUCGAACUUUCAUGACGCAGCGUUACAUGUUCAAGUAUACAGUAGAGAGCCUCUUUUCCUAAGAGAGACUCUUCAAGGCGCUGCAACUGUCGUCUUGAAAGAGUUCCUAGCAAAUUAUAGCUCAGAUUCCUCAAGGCAGAAAGGAAAACAAGUAGGGAGCUAUCAACUGCGCAAAAAAAGUUCCAGUAAACCACAAGGAUUUAUAGAUGUUUCUAUUCAUAUCUCAGAGGAUAGAGGAGAACCAAGUUCUUACCGAGGAGAUGAAGGCGGUUUAGCUCUGAUGGAUCACGGCAAUGACAUUGCAUCGUCUUCUGGUUCUGGAGGUGGAGCGGGACAAGCCGCCUAUCCGUCAGACCUACCUCUUGCUCCGCCAAGAGGCCCACAAAAUCAGUUCUCAGAUUAUGCACAUGUCAAUCCAAUGCCAUAUCCUCCAAAACAUCCUAAUCAAUCCACCGGUGGAUUUGGACCCCCGGCUGCAGGAGGAACUAGCUAUAAUCCGCCACGAACCCCUCCCCCACCGCCACCUCCUUCCAAUGUUGGUUAUGUGCCGACUUUUCUCCCAAAUUCAGAUUACAUUAAUAUGCCAUCGUCCCUAGCAGCACCCAGACGAGGGGGCAUGACACCUAGUUCAGCCAUGGGAGUUGGUGCUGGGGCUCUUGCUGCAGGUGCUGUGAUUUUCGGUGAUGACUUCAUGUCAGGAUUCAGUAUUCCUUCAAGUUUACCAGAUCCCAGUCUUACAAUAUCAACAGAUCCUCCUUUCUGAUUGAAUGCUGCUACAGCUUCCUGUAAUUUGUCGAUUUGAUAUUGCUAUAUGAGACAUGUUCACCCAAAUAAAUUCUUCAAUUGCUUUGCUCA